UGCAGUCUGUAAUGUCAGUCCACUUGCUUUAUCUCAGUACUGCAACUUUCACUUCUGCAUUUUUUGAUGAAAAGGACCCUUUUGAUAAUCAGAGCAUUUUUAAAAGAUGCACGGAAGCCUGUAUGUCUCUUUGAAGCAGGGAUGUGUUCCAUGUGUGCCUGUUUCCACAGCCUGUCGUACACCACAGGGCGUUGUUUCAUAACACAGCUUUCAUUGCAGCAUGCCUUCACGGGGACGUUAAGUGUGGCUCUGUGCAAAACGUUGUCGCUGUUUGCUGCUGGGUUUGAUUCAUUCACAGCUCUAGAAAUAGCCCGCUCUAUUUGUAGGUGUGAUUUGGUCUUCAAGGCACGCAGGCAGCAUGCGCAGCGGGGUGAGACAGCAGGAUGGGCCGCUCCAGGGUGCGAGGGGCAAGAAGCAGAGCGGGUGGGGGCUUCACCCAUGGGCACAGAGUGGUGGGACGGGGGGUGGCUUUAACUACAAGAGGGGAGAUUCAGCUCAGAUGAGCAUUAAUUACUCUGAGGUAAUCAGAGCGGGACAGGCGGCCCCGCCCCUCCGCAGGCACGUCACGGUGACGUCACGGCCCUCCGCCGCCCCGCCUGCCGCGGUGACGUCACCGCCCGCUCCGCCGCAGCCCGCGCAGCCGCGCCAUACGGAGCCGCCGCCGGCACUGCGCUCCGGCCCGGCCGCCGCCAUGCCUUCGGACCGGCCCUUCAAGCAGCGCCGCACCUUCGGUAUUCCUAUCAUAAGCACUAUGGACAACACCACAACCCUUCAGUAUGCUGGCCUACUGCAGCACUUCAUCGUGAUGGCAAGGAGCAUCGUGCGUGACAUCGAUCCCCAAAAUGACCUCACCUUCCUGCGGAUCCGCUCCAAGAAAAAUGAAAUCAUGAUUGCUCCAGAAAAAGACUACUUCUUGAUUGUCAUCCAGAAUACAAACGAAUGAUUCCACUCACUGGAUCUGCUUUUUUCCCUUUGCCCUACUUUCUUUUUUUUAAUUUAAUGCUAAAGUGUAGAGCUCUGGUAUUAACUCUGUUGUGCCACUUCUGCGAUGUUUUGGAGGAACCAAAGCAGGUGUUCUUGUUGUCUGUAUGCUUUUGACACAUAGAAAAAUGGCUUCUUUUGGGAUCACUCGUCAUUUUGAGAAGGAAAUGGUGAAUUAGAACCUGGUGACCUUGGCAGUGAAAAAAAGUAAAAUAAAAAUGCAACAGAUGCUUUUAAUAGUUGACAACAUAACACAGAAAACCCUAGUAACAUUCUACAAGAUUAUUCUCUGUACAUUUCCAUGAUCCUGUCACCAUUAGUAGAGUUGAGCUCUUACACUGUUACUUUUGAAUGACUAAGUAUGAAACCUUCCUGUCCUGUUGUUCUCUCUUAUUUUAUGUUACUUGAAAAAGUCUGGUCAUAUUAAAUUUAAAAAGUGUCAUCA